UGCGCGCGCACCUGCCCCUCUCCGCCUCCGAAUCCAGGCCCGCUUUGCCGUUGCUAAGGGAGGCGGCCGCUCGUCGCCUCGCCUCUGCCCGCCCUCUGGAGCGGCCGGGGCGGGGCGGGAGGAGCCGCCCGAGGCGGGGCUUCCUCCGCCAGCCUCAGCCUCCCUCCCCACCACGGCCAGGAGCGAGAGCGGCGGCGCGUCCCGAGAAAUCUCGUAUAUGGAUAAGCCUGAUAGUGAUGUUGAAACUGGAAAAAAGCUGCUGUAACCAAAGACAGGAUGAGUCGGCUGUUAGACGAUCAAGAAAAUGCCCAUGGCAGCAGUCUGAGCUCUCAUCCUUCUUUACGGGAUGUUCAUUCCAUCAACCCAGCACAGCUAAUGGCAAGAAUUGAGUCUUAUGAAAGCAGAGAGAAAAAAGGCAUAUCUGAUGUCCGAAGGACUUUCUGUUUGUUUGUCACCUUUGACCUCUUGUUUAUAACCUUGCUGUGGAUAAUAGAGUUAAAUGUAAAUGGAGGCAUUGAGAAAACAUUAGAAAAAGAAGUCCUCCAGUAUGACUACCAUUCUUCGUACUUUGAUAUCUUCCUCCUGGCAGUCUUUCGGUUUAUGAUUUUGAUACUUGCAUAUGCAUUGUGUAGACUUCAACACUGGUGGGCAAUAGCUUUUACAACAGCAGUAACCAGUGCCUUUUUAUUAGCAAAAGUAAUUCUGUCCAAGCUAUUAACUCAAGGGGCUUUUGGCUAUGUAUUGCCCAUCAUAUCUUUCAUUCUUGCCUGGAUUGAAACCUGGUUCCUAGACUUCAAAGUUUUACCACAAGAAGCAGAAGAAGGAAACAGACUACUGUUGGUGCAGGAUGCCUCUGAACGAGCUGCUCUUAUUCACUCGGGACUCCCCUCUGAUGGACAGUUCUAUUCCCCACCUGAAUCUGAAGCAGGAUCUGAUGAAGAAUCUGAAGAAAAACAGGACAGUGAAAAGCCUGUUGUAUAGCAAAUAUGACAAAAAAAAUAAUAGAGUGAAAACCAGAAUGUGGAAUUACUCAGAAUUUGCUACUCUUGGAACUGUAAUGAAUGAUGACUAUGUUUCACUUAUUAUUGGAACUCAUAGCAGAAACAUUUAUUUAUUUAUUUAUCAAGGGAAACUAUCCCUGGGCUCUGUUAAUACCUCACCAAUUCUGUAUCUCAUAUGAGAGAAUGACUGAAUCAUGCCUAAUAGGAAAAAGUGCUUGUGUGUAAUGUAUCAAUGAUAUUUGAUGAUGCCCAUUUUCUAAUGACCAGGAAGCCACUGGAGAAUGGCGUACUUGUGAAUCUAACCUAUAGAUGUAAUAGUAUAUGAAGUAAUACUUUAUGAUGAAAGUCUCGUCUAAUGAAGAAUUGGAUUCACAAAAUUGUUAAUGUCGUCCAUUUUACUUUUUAUUUUUUAACUCUUUUUUAAAAAAGAUGGAGAUAAGUGCUCCUUGUAAAUUAAAGGAACACAUUAAUAAGAUGUGUUUGUGUGGUGUACAUUCUCAACAUGAGAAAGCCUUGCCUCCUCUUAAACAGAACUAUAAACUCUUAUGUUAAUGUAAGGUUUUGAUCUCUUGUGCCUGAUGAUAAAAUGGAAACAGCAGGCUUAGUGCUGCCAGUUUCUAAGCCAUAUGGAUUGCUUUGGCCUUGUUUUUAAAAAUGUAAAUGCCAGCUGAUGCAGUUAACAUUCUGAAAAUUAGAGAGGUGGUAAAACUUUAUCAAUA